AUGUCGCAUUCUCCGUGUUCUCUCCAUGGCGACUUCCUUACUCAAAGUCUCAUCAAACGACUGCCUCCUCAGAUCUCGUUGCAUCAGUUCACUGACGAGGAUGCAAAAGAAGUGCUUAACCUUAUCGAAGAGCUCGCACCGAGCAUGCUCGGUGUCGCGCUGCAGCUUUCCGAAGACGCAAUCGUCGAUGCCAUAGCGUUCGCAACUGCAAGAUCGGUAUUCCUUGUCAGGAUCACUUCCUGCGAUGUUUCUCGCAAUUAUAAUAUCAAACGCCUUCUGCAUCACGAAGACCAUCCAUUGGCUGGGUUCGGGAUGGCGCAGCUGGCGUUGCUCUUAUACCGCCACGGAUUGUAUUGCAGAGGCAUUGAUAUCGGGACCGCAUUGUCCGUAGGCAAUGUCGCCUGGUCGCCCUCAAAGUGUGUAAUCGAACGGCUUGAACGGUCAGUCAAUCGGCACAAAGUCAACGAACUUUGGUAUCGCACCAACAAGGAGAACGUCUGUCUUCGUGCCUGGCUUAGUGCAAACUUGGCCGACUGCGACAGUAACGUGGAACACGCAUUGAAAGUCGACACUCGUCUGUUGGACAAGAAACAGCUGGACGUCCUCAGUCGCCUAGUUGUCAAUAUCUUCCUCUUGAAUGCUAAGAAGCCGCUGGAGACGGAGAAUGAGCACGAAGCGUUAGUGGAGACUGAAGAUGGAAAACUCGAAUUGCAAAACGCACGAUUCAAGACGAGGGUCCGGAGAAGCGAAGAGACGUCCAUUGUUAUUCGCGAUAAAAGCGGCAGAACCAUAUACGGGCAAGCGACCAAAGCAUCAGGAAAGACCACUCAUAUUGCAAUCUCACGAGGGACUUACCGCGGCGGAGUAGAGAGCAUCCACGUAGUAGGCAGAGAAGAACCCACGAAUGCCGAGCGGGCACGCGAUGAGUUCAUUCUUUGCCUCCUACGUGGCCAGGCCUACCUCGACUCUCGAUUCAUUGAUGCUUUCUGGUUUCCUAAUUCUCGUAAGGUUUAUAGGAUGGGACUGGAAGAGCUUGUUUCCAAUUCGAAGCGGUUCGAACGUCGCAACCUCAAUCCGUCCCAGACGAAGGUUGCUGACGCAAUGAUAUCCGAACAAGAAGCUGUAGUCAUUACACAUGGUCCUCCUGGCACAGGGAAAACAAAGACAAUCUCCGCUGCCGUGGAGUUUUGGGAUCAGUGUCGCGAUCCGGUGUGGGUGAUUGCACAAUCGAACGUAGGCGUCAAGAACAUAGCCGAGAGCUUCUUGAAGCACGACAUCGACUUCAAGCUUCUCGUCUCGAAGGAGUUCCAUUUUCAAUGGCAUGAGUACCUCUAUGAACGUUUUGAAAACGUCCUCAUUUGUUCGGACGACCUGUCCGGAAACAAGGACCCUGGAGCAGCAGAACGGUUGUUCGGAGGCUCAACCGUGGUUCUAUGUACCCUCAGCAUGUUGUCGAACCCAGUGUUGGAGGAUUGCCUCAUAUUCAAGUUGAUUCCUAUGGAAAAACUCGUCAUUGAUGAGGCGUCCCAAAUUGAUGUAUUCGAGUUCAUGCAUCUUUUUCACAAGUUCAAAGAGUUGCAGAAGAUAUGCUUUUUUGGAGAUCCCAAGCAACUCCCUCCUUUCGGCAAGGAAACUGCACCUGAUUUACAGACCGUUUUCGAUCUCAAGCAUCUUCAGCAGCAUGCAUAUUUUCUUGAUACGCAGUACCGUAUGCCUGUGCCGCUUGGCAAAUUCAUUUCUCAGCAGUUCUACAACUCUAAGUUGAAAUCGGUCCAUUCCAUGCAGGAAAUGUUGUGUGUGGCCUUUGUCGAUGUCCGCCGAGGUGAAGAGGAGCAGAAAGGUCGGAGCUGGGUGAACAUGGAAGAGGUCCAUGUUGUUGUAAACCUUGUCCGGCAUCACUAUCAAGAUCUGGAUUUUUGCAUCAUCACGCCCUACGACUCGCAGAGAUCUGCCAUCGCGAAGCAACUUCAGGCUGAAGAACUCCCUUGGCAAUGCGUAUACAAUGUUGACAGCUUUCAGGGUGCGCUGACUGUGCUUCUGACACGUCUCAUUUGCUGA